CGAAUAGAGAGCCCGUGCACCAGUCGUGGACGCCGGCGCAAGGGACGGCUGCGCGCGUCGGCACGGACCUCCGACGCGGCCCUCAACGAUUCCGAUACGACACGAGCGCACGUGGUGCUGAGCCGCCACCAUGUUAGGAGUGUUCGGCACCCUCAAGCAGUUUGUGAAGGUCCGGGAUGUCUCAAACGACUGUCCGGUGUUCCGCGUGCACUACCAGUUCACCACGGCACUGCUGACGCUCUUCAUUCUGAUCCUCACCGCCACCCAGUUCAUCGGCAACCCGAUCGACUGCAUCAAUGACGGCGAAAUCAGCGCCCACAUCAUCAACUCCUACUGCUGGAUCAUGUCCACGUUCACCAUGCCCGACGCCUUCUACAGGCAGGUGGGCGACGAGGUGGCCCACCCCGGCGUGGGCAACGUCGGCUCGGCCUGGAACGAUGAAGAGGCCACCAAGUACUACACCUACUACCAGUGGGUCGUGUUCGUACUGGCAUUCAUGGCCAUCCUCUGCUACGCGCCCAAGUUCAUCUGGGAUGCCAUGGAGAACAACAUCAUGGUCACCGUCGUGAUGGGCCUCAACUGGGGCCUCAAGUCGGAGGACGAGAUCUGCAAGAAGAAGAACACGCUGGUGGACUACAUGUUACGACACAUCCGAUCACACGACAUGUACGCGUACCGCUACUUCUUCUGCGAGCUGCUCUGCCUGGUAAACGUCAUCGGCCAGAUGUACCUGAUGGACGCCUUCUUCGACGGCGAGUUCUUCACCUACGGCUCGCGCCUGAUGAACUUCUCGGAGAUGCCCCAGGAGGAGCGCGUAGACCCCAUGGUGUACGUGUUCCCGCGCUUGACCAAGUGCGUGUUCCACAAGUUCGGACCCUCGGGUACGAUCACCCGCCACGACUCGCUCUGCGUGCUCGCGCUCAACAUCGUCAACGAGAAGGCGUUCAUCUUCGUCUGGUUCUGGUACAUCAUCCUGGCCACCAUGCUGAGCGUGGUGCUGCUGCUGCGCAUCAUCAUGAUCUUCGUGCCGAAGGUGCGGCCGGCCCUGAUCCACAUGAAGAACCGCAUGGUGCCGCGCGACGCCAUCGAAGUCAUCUGCAAGAAGAGCUCGCUCGGUGACUGGUGGCUGCUUUACAUGCUCUGCUUCAACCUCGACCCGUUCGUCUACAAGGACGUCAUCGCAGAGCUCAGCAAGAAGAUCGAAACGGCCGAGAGCAACGCGCCGCCGAGCAAGACGUCGAUGGUCUGAGGACGCCCGCCGGGUGACACCCAGACGGCGCUAGCCUCUCCUCGGCGCCCGCGGCCGGCCGCCGGCGCAGCGCGUGACCACGUCUUCGCCCCGACGAAAACGUGGUCAUGUCUCGGCGGGCGGGCGGGCGGGCGCCGACACUAGCGCCGCGCGGCGGUGACUGAGAUUACUAUAUCACGUGCUGGAGUAUAGGUGACGCUGGGGCGCGGAGGUGCGCCGUUGCGGCGCGGCCGCCGGGCGUGGGGCUCGGAGCCUCCUGAGCACGAGACAACGCAGCCGCCAGUGCCUUUCAGCUCAGCGACCGAUCGCCGAUGCAUUGCAUGGCUGAAGUCGUGCGAGGACGUGAACCAUUUACGCUGCCUUUUGGGGACCAAUAACGUCGAGUAACGCGCGGCUCAAGACGAUUCCUUUGUACGAUUUUUACGGCGUUUUUUUACAACCGAGCUUCCCCCGUGGUGAAAAGAGUGCGGAGGUGCGCGAGCUGAUGUGACUGUGCCAGCCUGUUACUUCUAAGAGACGCGUCGCGAAGCAGUGGCCGCAGCUUUGCGGCCGCCGAGUCAACUGUCUGGCGCACGCUGAAUGGAUCUCGAGCCACUGCAGAAAUCUCGGAGAGUGAUUCUCGAACAGCGCAACGUUCAAGUCUUCCAUGCUAUUUUGAAAUUCCUGAUUCCGCCUUCCAGUGUACCAUACUGUGAGAAACCCGGUUUUUGUUGAGAUGCGUGCAGCCAUGUAAGAAGCAUUCGGGGUGGCCUGUAUUUUUGUACUGACUCCACCACCAUGCCGUAGCAGGUAACAGGUAAUAAAGUCUGCUGUGAUUACCAUG